UUGAAAGCGCCAAAAAUGAUGUGUACAAUUUGCGUAUGUGUAGCACUUCAGUUAAUAACCUUUUUUGCAGAUCCAUACUCUUCGGCACCGCCGCUCACCACACUCGCCUUUACAUUAACGAUCGGUACGAUGUGAUGCUUGAGCUGUUUAUACCGUCUUAUCAAAAAAUUUCAUCAUUUGAAAAUAAUGACAACUAUGUGUGCUUGGACGUAUCAGAUGUUCCCUACGAUUUGCCAAUAUCAGAUCAGGACUUAAUUAAUCGGCAUUUGCUUAAAAAUUGGCUGGAUGACAUAUUUCUCAAAGCAUUUGACAGAUAUAUAAAUAGUUUCUGGGGCUCAAAGGGGGAGUAUUACGAAUUCAGCCUACCGGAAGUUGAGCGCAACAGAUUACAGUUGGAUGUCGUGAGAAAGGCCCUGAUUCUCUUGCAGGCCUUAUGCGAAGCGAAGGGCCUGACCGAAAUACGCUAUUAUCAUCUUAUGAAUAUGGCACUGUCGACGCAUGUCAACAAAUACGCAAUAACUACUACUUUGGACGAUGUUUUUUUAAUGUUGCUUGCUGAACUGUGCGAUGAUGUCGAAAACCAACAUCCACCCCAUUAUUUUCUCGGAGACUUGAAUCUUCUUAGCAACAUAAGCUGCGAAGAACUGUACGAAUAUGAGGGUAUACUUGACCGGGCUUACAGCACUCUCAGUUCGUAUGUCCAUCAAGGAGCGCUGUCGUAUGAACGUUGCAGAAGUCACUUUGAAUAGCUAAAUAACAUUUGUUUCUAAAAGUCUUAUGCACUGUAUGUAAGCUGGUUCAUUACAUAUUAUUGAGGUUAAUGCUUAUAACAGAAACAUUUAUUCAACAAACUUUUGUUAACAAUUAGAAAAGCUCACUUAGAUGAGUUAUUUGAUCGAUAGGCUUUAAUAACUCCACAUCCUUGGGUACUGAAAUCGCAUGACCUUGUUUUUUAUCCUGAAGCUGGAAGAGCAAUUGCACCAGAACUAUUACGUAAUUAGCCAUGGCAUUAAGAACCUGAAAUAAUAAAAUUCUCUUUAGUUAUAUUUCAUCUUUAAA